ACACAUUGGGCCUUCAUUUCGUGACCCUCGUCCGUCACCUCGUUCAUUCAUACCUUUUCCUUAACCUAUCUCUUCAUGUCAGAGAUGUGCUUGAGCAUUGUUACCGGUACUAAUUGAGUACACGUUCGUGAACAUACGCGCCGAGUCACUUAGCAUACUUACAGCACGUGUAUGAACCAUCUACGUGCCAUUGCAGAGACUGCAACGCGUCCUUGUACGAUAGCAGAGUAGCGGACGCGAUGGCCGAGUUACCAGCACCUUCGGGCAUUGGUCUAUCAUCCGGCCAAACAGCCAGACAACCACCACGUCGACCCUCCCUCCUCCCCGCCUUCGAACCCUUCUCCUCCUCCCCACCCACCGGCCUCCCCCGAGCAACCACCAAACGGAAACUCGACGACCUCCUUUCCGAUCACGGCAAAACCUACUACCCAACCCCAAUCCCGACCUCCUCAACCGGCAUCCUCGCCUCCUCCUCGCCCUCACACACCCACGCCCACAACACGCGUCCCUCUGCACCUCCCGGCCUGCACCGCAGCGUCUCCCACCUCUCCGAACGCGCUCCUUUAACCGACGUACCCACCCUCCACCUCCCGUCCACCGGCGAACCGGUACUGAUGGGCCGCUCGAGUAAUUCUUCCGACUACCAGUUCCCUGCCAACCGCCAUAUCUCACGCGUACACGUGCGGGCCUCAUACCAUGGCCCGGAUGCCGAGUUUCCGCUUGGGAAGGUGGAGGUCGAGUGUUUGGGCUGGAACGGAGCUAAAGUUCAUUGUCGCGGAGAGGUGGUGGAGUUGGUGAAGGGGGGGUGUUUCGUUUCGGAUCAGCCGGCGGCGCAGAUUUUGGUGGACGUGCAGGAGACAAGGGUGUUGCUGGCGUGGCCUAAGGAGGCGUCGCUGGCACGCGAGGUGGGGGCGGUCGGAGAGAGGUCGCCGUGGGCGGUGGAGUCGCCGACGAAGAGGCGGACGGUUUCGGCGCCGCUGUUCGCGUCCAGCCCGCCUGUUAUGCUAGGGUCGAGACCGAGGUCGCCGGUCUCCCCUUCGCCUGCGGCCGGGUUGUUGGAUCAUACGUUCACGUCCACGUUUCGGGAUGAGGGCGAUGAGGUGCCGGUGCAGGUGUAUGAGGACCAUAGCUCUGAUGAUGAAGAGGUCCCGCUCGAGCCGACGCCGGUGCUAGAGUCCAUCGAUGAAGAGAUUCAGCAGGCCAAAUCGAUCGACGCUUCACUGAAGCUAUCGCACUCGACCGAGUCCGAAGACUUCUCCGAGCACGACGAAGAAAACGAUCCCAUCGUGCACUCCUUCGGUCCAUUUGGCGACAACAUUCUCGGUCGAUUUCAAUCGUUCCAGUCACGCUCGCCGGAGCAGGUACGGAGGAAGCCAUUGAGCUCAUCACUCGAUUCUCCCGUCCGUACCACCACCACCACCACCACAACCACCACCACAACCACCACCACAACCACCACCGCCUCAUCAAGAAUCAACCUCAGCCCCAUCAAGAACCACGUCAUCAACCAACUCGCCUACUCACGCAUCCACUCCUUACCUCUCUCAACUAUCCACAGUAACCUCCCCGCCGAACUCCGCGGCGCUGUGGUCAGCAAGCCGUCGGACACGUCGGGUACCGAGAACCGGCAUGCCCAAAGCCAGACCCUCGCCAGCUCCGAGCUCAAAACCAUCCUAGACGAAAUCUCGUGCGUAGGCGAGAUCCGUCGCGAGGGAAAGGAUGCGGCAGGGAAGCUGCUGGAGAGUGAGUUUUACUAUGUGCCGGAGAAGGACGGGGAUGUGAUGAGGCGGGAGGCGGUGGGGUCGCGGUUGGGGAAGACGGGGUUGAGGGCUGCUAGGAUGGUGCAUAAGCAAUACUACUGGAAGCGGCCGCGGGCAUGAGCGUGCCGUCGCCAUGGCCAGGUCAUCGUGGCAGCCGGUCAUAUGGCGUG